AUCGUACCUGUGUAUCAGACGUUUCAGGGGCUUUCUUAAAACAGCUUUCCACUACGUAGAUUGCACAAUAACGUAAGCCAGCUACAUGGUUCCGUUUCUUCCGCGUAACACCAUUCGACAUUUGCUUUAUUCUACACUUUACAACUUCUAGUUGUGAAUUUCUGAUUUGCAUUUCACACAUAAUAAGUACAGGUAGGUAACCACGCUUAUUUACUAUUUAGCUUCCUACAUUGGUACCUUUCUCUAAAACUAUUGUAGCACAGUCAAAAUCCCCAUUUCACUAGCUUCCUAGCUCGAUCCUAUUCUCAAGCUUAUCCCCACUUUGAACGUUACAAUGAGCCGCUGGUCACAAUACGAUACAGACGAGGAACGCUUACCUGAGGGUAUGCAACGUAUCGGCUAUGAUGCCGACACGCAGACCUACACAUUUCGUGAUGCCGAAGGCACGAUCUGGGAGAGCGCACCCGGUAAUCGGUACGGUCAACUCCAUCCCGUCAAUACGACAUACGCACCCUACGGUGACGAAGAAGCACGGGAUGCAACGGAGCCACUGCAUUCCCCCUCAAAGGGUCCAUAUACUUCGUGGCGACAUGAGAUGAUGCCUUUGCUUAAUUGGUUCUUAUUAGUCGGUCUAUUUCUGAUUUUUAUAUUUUGGUUCAUUGGCGGUACGACUAAGAAGAUCGAGCCGGUUAAUUGCGGAGAGCACAGCAGUCCGUACAAGAUCAAAUCAGGGGACACAUGCUGGGCCAUCGCUGAGGGGCAUCAUCUCCCACUUGAUUCCCUCAUGAACGAGAACCAGGGUCUCGACUGCGAUAAGUUGCCCGUCGGUGGCACGGUUUGUAUCCCAAGGGUCUAAGACAGUCGCUACACCAAAAGGGUACAGGGUCUUCUGGUUGUUCUAGGGGUUCUUGACACGGCAGUGUUGGCUCGUAAGACUGUUGCCAAAGUCGAGUCAUUUGCUUCGUGGGUGUUUAUAAAUAUGAGUGAGUAGCUGUGCUAUCUUGCCCAUCUAAUUUGCUUCUCGUACUAUGGUUUUAUUCGGUAGCUAUCGUAACUCUAUGUCUACUACAAGAAGCCAUAUCUAGCUUUUAGCUCUGUGUACGGUCCCUUCUAUCUAGAUUCCGCGCCGUAAUACGAGCCGACGAUUGCCUUCUACAAUGGAUCCAUCGACACGCCGGUUAGCUCUGUUGAGUGAAGGUGAAGACUGUCAAACGCUAGAC